CCGCAGAUAACGCCACCAACUCUGGAGGACAAGAUGCUGCGAUUUGCCUAAACCAGUAACGACCGCAAUCUUGCGUCCCAGUGCCAAGUUCCAAUCCCAGCGAGAGCUCAGUCGGAGCAGAACCAUCAUGGGGAAGUCAGUUUACACCAUCAACGCGGACAGCCCCAGUGUGAACGGGACGGCGCCGGCAGAGGUCACCAAGAAUGGCAAAGCGGACCACGACAGCGACGGCGAGUACCGGGAGGCUGGCAAAUUCCGCACCAUCCUACCGCAGAUUCUGGCCAGUACGGCCAAAAACUUUCUCCUGCUCGAUCUGGGAAUGGCGGUGGCCUUCCCGACCAUCGUAAUUCCGGCGCUGCGAGGCCUGAAGAACCGAGCCCCGGACGAGUUUCUGCACUUUACCCCGGCGCAGGCGUCGUGGUUUGGAAGUGUGGCGUACAUUUGUCAGCCGAUUGGGAGCGUCCUGUCCGGUAUUAUUCUGGAACCGCUAGGGCGGAAGCGGUCCAUGAUCCUCGUGAACAUUCCGCACAUCAUCGGUUGGUUGAUGUUGCACUUUGCCGGAUCGCUGGAGGAGAUGUACAUUGCGGCGAUACUGCUCGGGCUGGGAGUUGGAUUUAUGGAGGCGCCCAUUGUGACGUAUGUGGGGGAAAUUUGCCAACCCUCGAUCCGCGGCAUCCUCACGUCCUGCGCCGGCGUCGCCGUCAUGCUGGGCUUCUUCAUGGUCUACCUGCUCGGAACGGUCACCACGUGGCGCAUAACGGCCGCCAUCUGCGUAUCGAUCCCGCUGGCCACCAUGAUCGCGAUCUGCUUCGUACCGGAAACGCCCAUGUGGUUGCUGUCGAAGGACCGCAAGGAGGACGCCCGCAAAUCGCUGCAGUGGCUCCGCGGGUGGGUUUCGCCCAAGGCCGUCGAGAAGGAGUUCCAGGAGAUGCAACGGUACAGUGCGAACGCGGCCAAGUGUACGCCCUGCCAGAAGGCGCAGAGCGUCAAGUGUGACCAUCCACCGCCGACGGAGUGGAUGAAGCUGCAGGAGCUGAUGCGGAAGCGGAACCUGAGGCCGUUUGUGCUGGUGAUGUUGCUGUUUUUGUUUGGGCAGCUGAGCGGGUUGACCGGGAUGCGGCCGUACUUGGUGCAGAUCUUCCAGGCGUACGGAGUUCCACUGGAUGCGAACUGGGCAACGGUUUCAACGGGGUUGUUGGGACUGAUGGCGAAUAUCGUCUGCAUGAUGAGCAUCAAGUUUGUUGGAAAGCGGAGGUUGGCCUUGUUCUCGCUUUGCUUUACGUCGCUAUCUUGCAUUUCGCUGGCGAUCUAUGCCUUCAACGUGUUUCCUCCCGGAUGGACGUCGUUUGAUGUUCAUGAGAAGGUUAAUACCGCUGAUGGGUUGAACUACAUUCCGAUGCUGUUGUUCUUUUUGCUGGCGUUUUCUACCAGCGUAGGAGUGCUUCCGGUGCCGUGGAUAUUGCUCAGUGAAGUGUUCCCUUUCAAGAGUCGCAGCAUGGCCUGCGGUAUUACGGCCGCUCUUAACUACGCCAUGACGUUCGUUACGACGAAAACUUACUUCAACCUCGAGAGCUCUCUAUCUCUGCCGGGUGUGAUCCUGUUUUACGGUAUUUGCGGCUGUAUAGGAGUGCUGUUCGUGUACUUCUUCCUGCCGGAAACUGAAAAGCGUACUCUGGAGGACAUCGAAAUUUACUUCUCCGACAACAAGCGCAAGCUGACGGACAUUCACAUCCGGCAGUACGCCCGUGAAGCGCAAAAGAUGGUGGUCAUCAACGGCAAGGAAAAACAGGGAAUAGAAAAUUCCGCAUACUCUGAGAGUGAAAAAUGAUUCUCCUUAAAUGUUAAUUUAUUUUAAACGAUUCUAGUUCUAGUUGCCAUAUCCAAUAAAGUGACACAGAUUUCAAAAAUGA